ACUUUGCAAACUCUGCAAAAGUCCCGACUAGACCGCAGAGGCUCGCGGCCGCGGGUAGGCUCCCUCAGAUCCCCGUAGAUCUCAGUAGAUCCGGCGUGUAUUCCCCACCCGCGGAGUAUCCCGGUGUGCAGCGAUCUCCCGAGAGUUGGCGCAGGGCCACUUGGCUGCAGGGAAGGUGUGCACCUUCAGUCCGGGAAACCCGCCCCAGCCGAGUAGCCGCGCAUCCUGGGAAGCCUGGCGAGCCACGGCGCCGGGGGCGGCCAAGGGGAGGCGGGAUGAGUCUGCGAGCCGGCUGAGCGCGCCGAGGAGCCGGCCGGGGCACCGCCGGGGACAUGGCGUCUUGGCUCCGGAGAAGGCUGCGUGGCAAGAGGCGGCCAGUGAUAGCGUUCUGCCUCUUGAUGAUCCUAUCUGCGAUGGCUGUCACCCGCUUUCCCCCACAGCGUCCAUCCGCCGGCCCAGACCCUGGUCCCAUGGAGCCUCAGGGGGUAACUGGCGCCCCUGCAACCCAUAUCCGGCAGGCUUUGAGCUCCAGCCGGAGGCAGCGGGCAAGAAACAUGGGCUUCUGGAGAAGCCGUGCUUUGCCCAGGAACUCCAUCUUGGUCUGUGCUGAGGAGCAAGGCCAUAGAGCAAGAGUGGACAGAAGCAGGGAGUCCCCAGGAGGGGACCUCAGGCAUCCAGGGAGGGUGAGGAGGGACAUUACUUUGUCAGGACAUCCAAGACUCAGUACUCAGCAUGUUGUGCUCCUGAGGGAGGAUGAGUUUGGAGAUCCAGGAACCAAAGACCUGGGCCACCCCCAGCAUGGCGGUCCCAUCCAGGAGACACAGAGUGAGAUGGUCACCCUGGUCAGUCCACUCCCAGGGAGCGACAUGGCAGCUUUACCGGCUUGGAGAGCUACUUCUGGGCUGACACUCUGGCCCCAUACAGCAGAAGGCAGGGAUCUGCUGGGAGCUGAGAACAGAGCCUUGACUGGUGGGCAACAAGCAGAGGAUCCCACCUCGGCCUCAGGGGCUCAUCAGUGGCCUGGCUCUGUUAAGAAGCUGCAAGGGUCAGUAUGGUGUGAUGCUGAGACGCUGUUGAGCAGCUCGAGGACUGGUGGGCAGGCUCCCCCAUGGCUGACAGACCACGAUGUGCAGAUGCUCCGGCUGUUGGCGCAGGGGGAGGUGGUGGACAAAGCCAGGGUCCCCGCCCAUGGGCAGGUGCUACAGGUUGGCUUCUCCGCUGAGGCUGCCCUUCAGGACCUGUCCUCUCCCAGGCUCAGCCAACUCUGUUCCCAAGGGCUCUGUGGCCUGAUCAAGAGGCCUGGGGACCUGCCUGAGGUCCUGUCCUUCCACGUAGAUCGUGUGCUGGGGCUGCGCCGGAGCCUACCUGCUGUGGCCCGCCGCUUCCAUAGCCCCCUCCUGCCCUACCGAUACACAGACGGUGGAGCAAGGCCUGUCAUCUGGUGGGCGCCCGAUGUGCAGCACCUGAGCGACCCAGAUGAGGAUCAGAACUCUCUGGCCUUGGGCUGGCUGCAGUAUCAGGCCCUGCUGGCACACAGCUGCAACUGGCCAGGCCAGGCCCCAUGCCUGGGCAUCCACCAUACCGAGUGGGCACGCCUGGCGCUCUUCGACUUCCUGUUGCAGGUCCACGACCGCUUGGAUCGCUACUGCUGUGGCUUUGAGCCUGAGCCCUCAGACCCCUGUGUGGAAGAGAGGCUCCGAGAGAAAUGCCGGAACCCAGCCGAGCUGCGGCUGGUCCACAUCCUGGUCCGGAGCAGCGAUCCAUCUCACCUGGUCUACAUCGAUAACGCUGGCAACCUUCAGCACCCUGAGGACAAGCUGAACUUUCGGCUGCUGGAGGGCAUAGAUGGGUUUCCUGAGUCUGCCGUGAAGGUUCUCGCAUCAGGGUGUCUACAGAACAUGCUGCUGAAGUCGCUGCAGAUGGACCCAGUGUUCUGGGAAAGCCAAGGCGGAGCCCAGGGGCUGAAGCAGGUCCUCCAGACCCUGGAGCGGCGAGGACAGGUGCUGCUGGGAUACAUCCAAAAGCACAACCUCACACUCUUCAGGGACGAGGACCCAUAAGCCGCACACAGCCCUGAGUCAAUGAGCAUCCAUCCUGAUGGCCACAUUUUCUUGGGCUCACUCAUCUUGAGGACAAAUGGGAAAAGCCAGAAGCCAGAGGGGCACAAGGAUGUCACGGGAUAUUUCACCUGCCUGGGAUGGUGGAGGUAGUAUGGGGUUUUCAAUCUCAAAGCGUCCCUUUCUGCCUUCUCGGCUCUGGCUAUUUAUUCCCUUACACCAACAAAUACAUUCGAAAAUGUUCUGUGA